AUGACUACGGUGCCUCUUGGAUACAGGCCUUCUUCCGAGGCCUUCAAGCGGCCUGAUACGAGAGACAGUCCAGAAGACAAACGCCAAAACAAUGCAACAACAGGGGCGUCGGCCGCUAGUAUGCGGGCUCUGACGGCACGCAUGUUCGCUUUCUACUUCAGAGUGCCCGUGAAAGCAUUCUUCCGGACAAGGAUAGACUAUCUUGCAUUUCCGAGGGCUAUCAAUCCUCUUCUGCAGACUUCUGGAAAGUGGUCCUGGAAAAUGACCACCCCUGGGAUAUUAGCCUAUGCCGUACAAACUCACGGGUGGUCUUUCAUACCUAACCAAGUCUUGCCUCCGCUGCUAGCGAAUGUUACGGUCGGAGCUGUCCUAUACACAUCUUACCUGGGAGCACUUGGCCUCUACUACGAACCAGCUUCACAUUCUACCAAGAGAAUCUAUCCUCCGGCACCGUUUUUUGUGACGUUCGCUGCUGGUUUCUCUGCAGGCGCUUUCCAGAGCGUGGUUGCCGCACCCUUGGAUGCUUUGACUAUUCGAUUCAAGACAACCGAUCUUACACAAGGUACAUACAAGAACAUGUGGGAUUACGCUUCGAAGAAACUUCAGACCAUUGGAGUGCGUGGGGCAUUCGCUGGAUGGGCGCUUUCAUUUGGAAAGGACGCCUUUGGAUAUGGGCUGUUCUUCGGUGCAUUCGAGUUUAUCAAGUCUCAGUGUUUCUAUGAGUACGUGAGUCACUGGUACUCGAGAUAUGGUCUUCUAUCCAUGUUCCACAAAGAGCAGAUCCAGCAACAAAUACAGUUGCAGAGUGUCAGUGAUCAAGGAGAACGACCAGUCAUCAAGCCGCAUUAUCUAAUGGAACCUUCGUUCAUACUCCUUGCUGGUGCAACAGCAAGUGUGCUGCAACAAGCCGUCGCUCACCCUUUCACACGGGUACAGGAACUCCACUUCCAACGAUUGGCGACACUGGACGAGCUGUUACAAGCCAGACCAGGACGACUUGACACCAUGCAGCUAUAUGCGCGAGCGUAUCAGAAAACAUGGAUACAGGCCGGCAAGCGCGCGACGAAAUCGGGAGGUUGGAUCAGAUGGCUAUAUCGGGACUUUUGGAUGACAACCCUGCGUCAGGUACCCUCGACUGCAGCUGGUCUGAUUGUAUUCGAGAUCUUCCGUCGAAAGUACGGAAUUGGAGAAGACGCUGUCAAAAUACCCAAGGACGAAUACGACAUCUUGUUGCCCUGA